AUGACAGAUUCUCUCCGAUACUCCAUUAUGUCUCUCCUUGCCUCAGAAUUUGCUAUGAAGGAUCUGGGUCCUUUGAAUUAUUUCCUUGGCAUUCAUGUCACUCGCCAUAAGGAUGGCCUGUUUCUAUCGCAACGCAAGUAUGCCGAAGAAAUCAUUGAUCGAGCUACGAUGUCUUCUUGUAAGGCUACUUCUACUCCGGUUGAUACCAAACCGAAGGUGAGCAGCACGUCGGGUGCUCCAUAUGAUGACCCGACUCACUAUCGCAGUUUCGCAGGUGCACUUCAGUAUCUUACUUUCACGAGGCCGGAUAUCUCUUAUGCUGUUCAACAGUUAUUGAACUCUUUUCCUACACUGAUGCGGAUUGGGGGGGCUGCCCUGACACACGUCGGUCAACGCCUGGUUAUUGUGUCUUCCUUGGAGAUAACUUGA